UCGUUUGGAAAGGGGGGGAAGUUUGAUCCUCUUUCUCACGGAUCCCAGUUACGGGAGUUUUUCUCCCGUUCACAGAGACCCGGGAAUAAUAUUUAGUUUUCACGUCUAGAUUUUUUUUAUUAUUCGAGCUCAAGUGAAAUUGUACCGUUCGUCCCACUUUACUCCACUAACCUGGGGUUUGUUAUAUUUUCUUUUUCACUUGUUUUUCUCAAUUGAGUCCAAUGACUAUGCUCCUUGAUAGCGCUCCUCAGUUCCCGACACUAGGAGUAGGGGGCUUCGGAACGCCGAGACACCAUGAAUUGGGAAAUCGAGACCCCGGACUGGGGCUCAGUCCCUUCGCAGACUCCUCUCACUCGGCAGCUUUCAAAAUAAGUCCCGUUACUCAUGAUAUUGCCUCCAGCCAGGCAUCAGCUUUCACCCCGCAAGCUACUGGAUACGCAGCUGCGCUCGGGCACCAUCACGGAGGACAAGUUGGUUCUUACGCCGGUGGAGCAUUCAAUUCAACCAGGGACUUUCUCUUCAGAAACAGGGGCGCUGGCAUCGGAGAGACCGCAGCGCCGUGUGCUCAACAUGGAAUCUUUGCCGCCUCUGCUGGGGGUCUACAUGGGCCCCCUGGAAUAUCGGACAACCCGGGACAUCUGUUGUUUUCUGGACUUCACGACCAGAGCGUGAGCCACACUUCACCAGGAGGACAUGUUGUAAACAGUCAAAUGCACCUGGGUUUACGGGGGGACAUUUUUGGCCGUCCAGAUCCGUAUCGACCUGUGGCGAGCCCGCGUACUGAUCCGUACGGCACCUCUCAGCUCCAUAACUACAACCACCCCAUCAAUAUGAAUAUGGGGAUGAACGUGCCCACACAUCACGGUCCGGGGGCCUUCUUCAGAUACAUGCGGCAGCCAAUUAAGCAAGAAAUGUCUUGUAAGUGGAUAGACGAGAACCAGAUGAACAGACCUAAAAAGACUUGUGACAGAACUUUCAGCACAAUGCAUGAAAUGGUGACACAUGUUUCAAUGGAACAUGUUGGCGGCCCAGAGCAGAGUAACCACAUUUGCUUCUGGGAGGAUUGCCCGAGAGAAGGGAAAUCCUUUAAGGCCAAAUACAAACUAGUGAAUCACAUCCGAGUGCACACUGGAGAGAAACCGUUUCCUUGUCCGUUCCCUGGUUGUGGGAAAAUUUUUGCAAGAUCAGAAAAUCUGAAAAUUCACAAAAGAACUCACACGGGUGAGAAGCCGUUUAAAUGCGAGUUCGACGGCUGCGACAGGCGAUUUGCAAACAGCAGCGACAGGAAAAAGCACAUGCACGUGCACACAUCUGACAAGCCAUAUGUCUGCAAAGUGUGUGACAAGUCCUACACACACCCCAGCUCUCUCAGGAAACACAUGAAGGUACACGACUCACAAGGCUCAGAGUCGUCUCCGGCUGCGAGCUCUGGAUACGAGUCGUCCACGCCACCAGUGCUGGUGUCCGCGAACACUGAAGACCCGACAAAAACACCCACGACUGCAGUGCACAAUACACCAGCGCACAGCGAUGGACUACCACCCAAUUUUAAUGAAUGGUACGUUUGAAGCUCCAAGCCGGCUCUCAAUGUGGACCAAAGGUUUAAGUAACCUUUAAAAAAAACUAUUUACACCACGGUGUACAAAAUGGCAUUGAAACGGAAGAGAUGAGAGAGUUCGCCAACAGGCCUCGUCCAUUCUCAGGAUGCGAAAUUUGACUUUAUUCCGAGUUCGAAGAAAACUAGCAAGGCAUAAAAUAACAAAAUAACACUUUCUAAGAUAAAUGGUUUCCUUUAGUUUUCAGAUUUCAGAUGCUUAUUUUAUUUUUCCUUUUAUGUAUUUUCUGAAAAACAAAUAUUUAAAAUAAUGGGAAAGAAAGAAUAUUUCACGGUGUUUUAUAUUAAGGUGAUCCUCACAUCGCCUUUGAUUGAUUGUUAAAACUUCAGAGAGUCUUAAGAAACGUGCCAAAGUCUUUGUCUUGAACUUGAACAUAAAUAAAUGAAUCAUAAAUAAGUAUAUAUCCUACUCGUGAAUGUAUUUCCUUGUUUGAUGGAGUCAAAUCUGUUGUCCAAGUCCGUUUUCAGAUGGAGAAAUGUGGUAUUAGGUUACGAUUGUUACCUUUGAAUAUAACGUUGCCUUUGUUAAUAACGAUGUAAAUACAUAUCCAUGAUGCCAUAUUUAUCAAUUUGUAAUUUAAUAAUCGGUAAAAGAGCUGAAUCUUAAAUGAUAUUUAUGGAAAUGUUUUCUAACCAGACUGUACAGUUUUGAGUCAAUAACUAGUCAUCUCUAAAGUUCCCACGAUACGAUUGUAUCUUUUUUAAGGCAAUAUGUGUGUCUUAUCUGGGUCGUAAAGUAUUAAUUAUAUUAAUAUUAUGACAGGACAUGAUAUAUAGUUUCAAGUAUGCAUUGUUUUUUUUUUUCAUUAAUCAGCCAUAUGAGGACUAAUUUCGAGACGAUUCUGGUUCUUAUCAAAAUUACUUAUUUUGUCUUUUUUUUUUAUUUUUUUCUUUACUCUUAGCAUUACAGCCUACACUACAUCUCUAUAGGCAACACUUAGGUCCACAUUUGAGAGGUCUACUGACCAGGGCUGGGUUUCUCAAAAGCAUUGUAGCACACGUAGAUCAAGCCAUUGGCGCCAAUGCUUUCUAUCUACUUCGGCUUAUAAUUAUUUUGGGGAAACCCAGCCCUGUGCAUUAUCGACACGUCACAUUUCGAUCAGAUAGGCCUACACCAAGCAAUAGCAUCGCAUUCAUGAACUUUGAACUCAUGUGACAGUGAUAAAGACAUUAUAUUCUUGGGUUUAAGGUAGAACCAUUUAAAUGAGUAUGGUAUUACAUUUCUUGAUGGUUCUAGAACUGUCUUUGUGGAUGCAAGUCUGUGUUAAAUGUGUCAAAGAGGAGCAAUGAUCUGUCACAACAAAAUAAAACUUUUUGUCUGUCAGUUUGCAUUGUUUUAAAUAUAGUUCUUCUGUGAAUAUAGCGUGUUGUUUGUUAUGAGUAAAGUGGUUUAACAUAGAAGACGUUGAUUACACAUUUGCUUGUUUUAUGUUAAUAACUUUUACAGAUGUGGAACUGUUUGUGUGGAUGAAAUAUAGUAUUAAGAGUAAAACAGUUUUUGGGGGAGGAAAAAAAUGUGUGUUCAAUGACAGCAAGAGUUACAGCAAUGCAUAUUUUUUAAGAAUUUUAAAUUAUGCAUAUAAAUAUAUUGUGCUUAUGAACGUGAUUUCAAACCACCAGCACUACUAAAACAAAUACAGUACCUCGUAAGUAACGGUAAUGUAUAAAUAAGUUUAUUUAAAUAAUUUAAUGAAUAUAUGUUUUAUAUACUAUUUUCUAUACAUUAAGUUAAAAGAAAGAUUAUGUCAGCCACUAUCGAUGUAUCUUCAACCGUGAUAUCACAGACCAUGUGCACAUGUGCAUGUGGAGCUUGUAUGUGAUCUUGUAACAUUUUCUCCAGGAAAUGGGUCAUGCAUCAAGAUAUUCCUGAAAAGCAAAUGUUUAACUGUUUCACUGUGCCACUUUCGAGGCAAACAAUGUCACUUCAACGUAGCCUACCUAUUCGAAAUGUAGUCAAAUCUUGUACUUUUUUCGAAGUAGGGGUUAUUGUUUGUUUGUUUGUUUGUUCAACAAACUAUUUAUGACAAAAUGUGAACAGAAGUUUUGGACUGGAAUUAAACAAAU